UCGUGUGUGUGUGUGUGUGUGUGUGUGUGCGCGCGCGUGCCGCUCAACCAGCUCAGCUUCGGUCUGAUUGUCAGACGUUUCUGCAUUCUCUGACCCUGCAGAAUUUUGGUGGUCCUGGGAGCUGAAAUGAAACAUGCCAAGGAAUUGUGGGAUCCUGUCAGCCCCAAUUAUUUUCGGGGAGAAACUGACUGUCCCGCUAUCCCUUAAUACAUCUUAAUUCACCAUAGGUCACAGCAUCUGUGCUUUGUCGGGAAUAUGUAUUGCCUCAGAAGGAAGCGACUGCAGUUGAGGCGAGUCUUAUUUCUGCUGGCCGGGGUCUUCAUCUGCAUCGUGUACCAGCUGACCCUCAGCGCCGGACGCUACGAGACGUCCCCUUCGCCCCAGAUUGGAGACGCUUUCACGGAGGGCUCAGCCGGAUGGGUCGAGGAUGUUACGCCCGAGAGUCGAGAGAAGCCAAGAAACCAAACGACCCCGGUGACCCCCUCUAAUUCAACCGCAGAUGAUAACGCUGCCAGUAAAACUCCACCGCCAGCCACCACCAACCGGACUAUUGUGCAUUGCAUCUAUGUCCCCCCCGAUCCUAAGGAUGAGGCCCCCACUUCAUCUUCUCCUGGCGAUGCUCCUCACAUGAAGGGAGAGUACCCCACAGAUGUAUUUUCAGUGGAGGAGCGCAGACGAGGCUGGGUGACCUUGCACAUCUUCGGCAUGAUGUACAUGUUUGUGUCACUUGCGAUUGUGUGUGAUGAAUUCUUUGUCCCUGCACUGGGGGUCAUCAUAGACAAGUUAGAGAUAUCGGACGACGUGGCGGGAGCUACUUUCAUGGCGGCGGGGGGAUCUGCCCCUGAACUUUUCACCUCCUUGAUCGGGGUCUUCGUAGCCCACAGCAACGUGGGUAUCGGGACUAUUGUCGGCUCUGCGGUUUUCAACAUUCUCUUUGUGAUCGGGAUGUGCGCUUUGUUUUCCCGGGAGGUUCUUCAUCUCACCUGGUGGCCUCUCUUCAGAGAUGUUUCCUUCUACAUAGUGGACCUUAUUUUGCUCAUCAUCUUCUUCCUGGACAAUGUCAUCAUGUGGUGGGAGAGUAUGAUGCUGGUGGCCAGCUACACCGUGUACGUCAUCUUCAUGAAGUUUAACGCCCAAAUAGAACACGUGGUCAAGACGCAGCUUUACAAACACAAGAGCAUUGUCCAAAUUAUUACCGAUGAGGAGCCUGAAGUGACCAAGGUCAAUGGGGGCGGUCAAGAUAACGCCCCUCCUGAUCCAGAAGACAGGAAUCGGUUAAAGUUGAAGCCAUCCCUUCAACGCGGUGGAAGUUCAGCGUCUUUGCACAACAGCACCAUGAGGAACACCAUUUUCCAACUCAUGAUCCACACAUUGGACCCCCUGGGAGAAGGUGGGAAAUUCAAGGACAAGGCUGAGAGUCUGAAUAAUGUAGUGAGACGAAAGGCUGAAGGUGAAGUUGCAGCAAAGAGUGAAGAUGGAGAGGAUGGGCAGGAUCAGGCUCAAGAGGACGAAGCUGGCGCAAGUGAGAAGAAGAAGGAGCCCCCAGAGGAAGAGAAGGAAGACCAGCCGGCGGGGGGAGACGGCUCAGACAAGUCAGGCAGUGUUGAGGAGGACAGUGAGGAAGAUGAUAGUGAUGAAGACGACAGUGACGAUGACUCCAGCGAAGAUGAGGAUAAGGAGAACGAGGAGGAGCCUCUUUCUUUAGCGUGGCCCGACACGCGACGGAAGCGAGUCACUUACCUCAUCCUGCUGCCCAUCGUCUUCCCUCUGUGGCUCACCGUCCCUGACGUCCGCAAACAGAAUUCCAGGAAAUUUUUCGUGGUCACCUUCCUGGGCUCCAUUCUGUGGAUUGCUAUCUUCUCUUAUCUCAUGAUGUGGUGGGCCCAUCAGGUGGGCGAGACCAUCGGCAUCUCUGAGGAGAUUAUGGGCCUGACUAUCCUGGCUGCGGGGACGUCCAUCCCUGAUCUCAUCACCAGCGUGAUCGUGGCCCGUAAAGGACUUGGCGACAUGGCCGUGUCCAGCUCCGUGGGCAGCAAUAUCUUUGACAUCACUGUCGGUUUGCCGCUGCCAUGGCUCAUGUACUCGUUCAUCCACGGUAUGGUUCCCGUGGCCGUCAGCAGCAACGGGCUGUUCUGCGCCAUUGUGCUGCUCUUCCUCAUGCUCCUCUUUGUCAUCAUCUCCAUCGCGUCGUACAAGUGGAAGAUGAACAAGGCUCUGGGAUUCACCAUGUUCCUUCUCUACUUCAUCUUCCUGGUUCUAAGCGUCAUGCUGGAGGACCGCAUCAUCGUCUGCCCCGUCUCCAUCUGAAGGUCACGUGACGCCACGCCAGGCGUUCGCUCGACCUGGGACUCCAGCGCGCAUUUCCUGUGUAUGGUGCACAUAGUGAACAAUUAGGGUGCAUGCAGGAUGCGCUUGGAACUGUCUGCAUUGAUUUUGAUACUAAAUUGAGGCUUUUUUCUGGAUUUCCCAUUGCAUAAAAAGAUGAAAACUACUGUCCUGUAUCAUAGCGUACAGUAGAACAGCACUUGUAGCCGAUAAUACAUUUACAAUAAACUAACAGGUUAAUGAAUGAUAAAUGUAUAGUUUGGCUGAUUUUAUGGUUUGUAAAAUGUGAGUGUUCUACAAUAGUUGUCAAGGAAUCAAUUCAGGUUUACCCCACACUUCAGUAUAUUAUAGAAAAGCUUUUCAGUAUGAUGUGUGAGAGGAUUUCAGUUAUAACAGGUAUUUCAGUAAAACUGGAAGAACUUCUGUUUUUAACUACAAUGCGUCUCUCAUUAUGAGGGGCCAUAAGGGACAUAUUUCAGUAUUACCUAGCAAUCGCACUACUAAAAUGUUCUCUUACCCUCAACUGACAUACAGUGAUCCAGCAUUACUCCUCACACACACAACUGAAGUGCUCUCAGACCCACUACUGAGACGCGCAUUUCAGUAUCCUACACGAGAGCAUUUACGUGUGUGAGCGUUUCAGUAGAACGCAUGAGAGCAUGUAUGGAUAUCACAUGAGAGUUUCACUGUGGUGUGUGAGAGGAUUUCAGUAAAACAGGAAGGCCUCACUAACGUCUGCCUGCAAGUUGCCAAACCGAAGCAGUAGCGUGAGAGCAUUUCGUUGGUGUGUGAGAGCAGUAGCGUGUGUGUGAGUAGAUAAUUUGCCAGCAGUGUGUGUUUCAGUUAAGCGUGAGAGGUAAUCCCGAUUUUUGUCUGACGGACCCACAUUUAAAAAUACAAACUGUUUUUAAAAAAAAAAUUGCAGACCAUUUUGCUUUGUCACACAGUUUAAACUGAAAUUUAAUGUAAAUCAGUCAUUUUAACAAAUAAUCAGAUAUUGAAAAACAUUUCAAUAAGUUUCACUUCCUUUGUACGUUGUUUCAUAUAAAUUAGUGUCCAUCUUACAAAUGGUGAAUAACAAACAUACAGUGGCCUUGACACAAGAUGUAGACAUCAAGUGGUGAGUUUUAUUGAGAAGGCUAAUUCACAAGGCUAAACAAGACUGAUUCAAAGCAAGGACAGAGCAUCAAUGUGAGCGAAAGGGCAUCACGGUACAAAAAGAAGUUUGUUUGUCAGCUUCUAUCAGGACACCGUGACUCUAGGAAGUGAUGUGGUGUCAGGGCAGGGCACAGCUGUUGUUUCAAACCUAAAACCUUGCACAGGAAAAUCUACUUUGUGCAAGAAAACCUGUCAUACCUUCACUUUUUAAAUGAAUCACUUCAUUUUUAUUAUGAAAUGAAAUCGACAAAAUACAUCAAAUUCUGUACAUUCUUUUCCCUCUAUUUAUUGUGACAAUAUCGACAAAUAAAAGUUGUGAUUAAUCCAACUGAAAUAUUCAAUUUUUUCUGUUAUCACAUACUUUGAUUGUACUGUACUAAGGGAAUGUUUCCUUGGUGGUCCCAUACAACACAACCUUAUACAACAAA